GGGAGGGAUUGGAGUAAGAGAGCGCAAGGGUUCAUUAAAGGCAAAAUAUAGUGAAGAUGAUCCUCAGAGCUGCUCUUUUCCACUUGUUCCUCUUCUGUGCAAGCCAGAUUUUAGCCAUUAAUAUCACAUCUGAUCCAGGAAAUGACAGUGAGGGUGUUAUACACGUAGGCCUUGAAGGGCCUGUGUCUCUGGUCUGUGCACUUGAUACUCAGCCUGAAGAAGAACUGGUCUGGCUCAGGCAUGAUGCCGUGGUUCGUCUGGAGGACGGAAACAAGAAGGGUCGCAGCGCUGUGUGUGUUACACCCAUCCAUGAAGAUAAUGGUGCCAUGUUCACUUGUUACCAAAAAGGAAAUUCCACAGUUAGGGCCUCUGUCACGCUGAAUGUCACAUUUGCCCCAAAUAUAUCUGGAUCAGAGGAGGUUACAGUUGAAGAGGAGGGUGUCCUUGUCUUGGAGUGUGACAUCAGGGCCAAUCCACUUCUCUCCUCUGUGACGUGGACACUAAAUGGAAGCCUGGUGGAUCUGCGGGCAGGUGGCUUCACUGUGAUCAAUAACGGCUUGACGAGCCAGCUGAAAGCCAGCAAAGUGGAGAAAAGCUUGCAUGAAGGCAUGUAUCAGUGCACAGUGGUCAGUCCCAUGUAUGGAGUACGCAACAAGCUUUUCCAGGUCACAACAACAGGCAAAACCUUGAAGUUCCCACUGGGGCCCAUUAUAGCUGGGGUGGUGGUGGUGGCCCUUACUGCACUUUUUGCUGUUGUUUCCAGGUGGAAGAAAAUCACAAAGUGCUGCAAGUAAGUUGUGCCCAAAAACACCAUUCUUCUCAACGUCACCAAAUGAGACAAGCCAUGAAGAUAACGCCACUCUUCAGUGCAAGACUGAUUAUUCAUUUAUGUGACCUUCUAUUUAAUUUCAUGUCAUAGUUGGCAUUUUUUAAAGUAAUACUUUGCCUUUUUGACAAACAUUUACAUUUUCUUGAUCCCAUUCUCAUAUACACUAUAUGGACAAAAGUACACCUACAGGAGCUGCACAGCCGUGGAAACCCAUGCCAUGAAGCUCCCAGUUAGUGCUGAUGUUAAUGCCAGAGGAGGUUUGGAGUUCUGAAGUCACUGUACCAGCAGAUCAUUGGCAACUUUUACACCUCAGCAUUUAGCAACCCCAAGCUGUAACUUUAUAUGGUCUGCUACUUUGUGGCUGAGUUGCUGUGGCUUCUAAACAUUUCCACUUUGCAAUGAUACCACAGCUGAUCGCAAAAUAUCUAGGUGGGGAGAAAUUUCAUGAACUGACUUGUUGCAACACAAACAUCUGAUUACAGUAUCAUACUCAAAAUCAGUGAGCUCUUUAAAACGACCUGUUCUUUCACAGAUGUUUGUAAGGGCAGACUGCACAGCUAGGUGCUUGAUUUUAUACACCUGUGACG